AUAACCACACUCAAACCUGCCUGCUCAUCUGGAUGCAGCUGAGAUUCUAGGUGUGCAGAGCCUCCAAGUGGAAGGAGUGCUAACCCGUGUAUCUUCAUCUUCUUGGGGAUAGGAGGCCGUGAGGUGACCGAGAUGGCCUGGUGGAAAGCCUGGAUUGAACAGGAAGGCGUAUCAGUGAAAGGCAGCCCCCAUUUCAACCCAGACCCCGAUGCAGAGACCCUCUACAAAGCCAUGAAGGGGAUCGGGACCAAUGAGCAGGCCAUCAUCGAUGUGCUCACAAGGAGAAGCAGCACACAGCGGCAGCAGAUUGCCAAGUCCUUCAAAGCUCAGUUCGGCAAGGAUCUCACUGAGACCUUGAAGUCAGAGCUUAGUGGCAAGUUUGAGAAACUCAUGGUGGCCCUCAUGUACCCACAAUACAGAUACGAGGCCAAGGAGCUGCAUGACGCCAUGAAGGGUUUAGGGACCAAGGAGGGUGUCAUCAUCGAAAUCCUGGCUUCUCGGACCAAGAAACAAUUGCAAGAGAUAAUGAAGGCAUAUGAGGAGGACUAUGGGACCAGCCUAGAGGAAGACAUCCAAGCAGACACCAGCGGCUACUUGGAGAGGAUCCUGGUAUGCCUCCUGCAGGGCAGCAGGGAUGAUGUGAGUGGUUUUGUGGACCCAGGACUGGCUCUUCAAGAUGCACAGGAUCUCUAUGCAGCAGGCGAGAAGAUUCAAGGGACCGAUGAGAUGAAAUUCAUUACCAUCCUGUGCACACGCAGUGCCACACACCUGAUGAGAGUAUUUGAGGAAUAUGAAAAAAUAGCCAACAAGAGCAUUGAAGACAGCAUCAAGAAUGAGACCCAUGGCUCGCUGGAGGAGGCCAUGCUCACAGUGGUGAAAUGCACCCGGAACCUCCACAGCUACUUUGCAGAACGUCUUUACUAUGCUAUGAAGGGAGCAGGGACACGCGAUGGGACCCUGAUAAGAAACAUCGUUUCAAGGAGUGAGAUUGACUUAAAUCUUAUCAAGUGUCAGUUCCAGAAAAUGUAUGGCAAGACCCUCAGCAGCAUGAUCAUGGGAGACACUAGUGGA